AUGGAAUCUGGAUAUAGAUCAACAACAGUUAAAAAGUCCUUUAUUUUGAAUAUCCCAGCCAUAAUAUCAGAUAUAAAUAAAACCCCUAGAAAUACCAAAAUAACCCGAAGGAAAACUGCAGCAUUAAGUCUGCCCCAACUUUCUAACAGAAAACUUCUAACGAUAAGAAAUCCGCUAAGGACAUCCAAAACCAUGCCAAUCUGCCAAACUGAAAAACCUUUUACAAGAGUUAAUUCACCAAUUGCAAAUGAAGCAUAUUUACCAUACAUAUAUGCGCAGUAUGGAAUCAGUGUUUUAAAAGAAACAAACUCGCUUAAAUCUUUAUGCACUUUCAACGAAAGACGAGAAGCCUGCAUAAAUUUGUUGAAAGAUGAAACAAAUGAAAACUCAUUGCCCGAAAUAAUUAGGAGAAAUACUACCACUUGUUGUGUGUAA